AUUCAGUAUCUUCUUGCGCGCCGGCCCACUCACACGCGCGCCGCGUGUCAACCACCACCGAGUGUACACCAAUUGCACGUGCUUCGCCGAAUCGUGUUCAAUAAUUUUAUUUUUAUUUUUGUAUAGUCGUAAUUUUUUGUGUCACUGGUUUAUGAGUUUUUUAUUUAACAUUUUUUUCUUCAAACAUAUGAAUAAAAAAACGCAGGACAAGAGGUCAAGUUGUCGAUUGACGAAACAUAAUAGUAUUAUCUACUUCAGACAAUUUAUUACAUAUUUGAUCUGUGUUUCGCGAAGUUAGAAAUCCAUUUUUUGGAGUGUAAUCGCAAUCGGCAGUAACCAAUAAUUUUGUCGUUACGAAAAAAUCAYUGCCAAGACUGUCUUACGAGUGCGAUGAUGACCAGGCAGCGAUGACAUGGAGGCGGCAGCCAGCGUGGUACAGAUGACUGGAGGCGGCGGACGGGUGGGGAUGAACACGGACAUGUUCCUGUUGCCGUCCUACGGGCCGUUCACGUCGCCGCCGGGUGUGAUCGUCACGACUGGUCCACCGAACACCGGUGUCCACCAGUACGCCGCGGCCACGCUCACCUUGUUGCGGCGCGACGCCUGGGUGCUUCCGGUGCUCAUACUUUCGGUGCUCACCAUGACGCUGAUAAUGACUUUCGAGGUGUUCGUGCUGUGCAAAACGAGAAAAACGGAGCCCAGCAGGAGACACCUGUUCCUAGGACAGGCUCUGCUGGGCGGGCUGUUCGUGUGCGCGGCUGUCAGCGGGCUCAUGUGCACACAGCCGACCGUGCUGACGUGCGCCACCGUCAGGCUGUGCACUGGGCUCGGGUACUCGAUGGUGUUUGGCACGUUGCUAGUCAAGUGCGUGUUCCUCAUCAKUCUCAACGGCGGCGUCUACUUGCCUGCACCGUACCAGGCGCUAUUGCUGUUCUUCGCGGUGGCCAUACAGCUGGCCAUCGGCGUCCAAUGGCUCAUCUACACACCCCCGCAGCUUCUAUCGUCCCAGUGGACGAGCAGCCUGGACAACAGUUGUGACACCAAGUACCAGCAUAUGCUGGGCUCGCUGGUGUACGCGGCAGGCCUGCUGUUGGCCGUCACCGUGUUGGCCAUCAAGUCGCGACAUAUACGGGACAACUACCGCGAAGCGAUGUACAUCGGGCUGGCCGUCGGCUGCACCGCGCCGCUGUGCGUUGGCUGGGCCGUAGCUGGGCUGUGGGCCACUCAGCCAGGCGACCAGGACGGAUGUCUGGCGUUGGGCCUGGGCGCCACGGCUGCGCUAGUGCUACUCGUCAUGUUCAUGCCCAAGGGCCGGCAGCUGGCCGCCAUGGGCCGGGACGGCCUGUACGACGAGGACAAACUCAGCACGCUCAGCAGGCCCGCGUCUCCGUCGUUUUUCCACUUCAAGCCGUUCAUGACGCCAAUGAAGCACACGUCGACGAUCAACACGUUCGGAGACCGAGUGGCGCUCGUUGCCCCGCCGACGUACGCUCACCACUAUUACCCGUACUGUUAUUAUCCGCACCACGGACUCGGCGGCGGUGGAGGUGGAGGAGGCGGCCACCACGGAGGUCACAUGCAGCAGCCCAUCUAUUCGAGAUGUCCACCCGACAUGUGCAACUUUUCGGGAAUGGACAACAGCAUUUACACUACGAUGGAGCCGACCAUGUCCAACAACCCCAACGUGUUUUUCCACCGUUCCGGUAUCCAUCCCGGAAUGAUGUACUGAUUAUUGUUUAAGUGAAUACUAUAUAAUAAAUUGACCAUAUGUUUUUUUUCUCCCGAUUUUAUAUUCUUUUUAAAAAAUUAUUAUUGUUUAUAAAAUAUUUAAAUACUACAUAUAGAUAUUAUACAUAUAUACAUAGGUUAUGUUUUAUAGUAGUCGCGUAAACGAAUGUUAAGAACUACCAAUAUAUAUAUAUUAUACACAAUACAGCGCCCUACGUCCCACACAGAAUACCGUGCGCAACUGCAGUAAUAUACCUACCAYCUUUAAGUAAUAAUAUUGUUAUCAUAUAUAUUGUAAUGAUAUAUCUAUUCACUAUAAUACUCACAAGACCGGCAAGAGCGGACGUGUGUCAUGAUCUCUCGCAAUUACAAUCAUUGAUCCUCCGAACAAGACGUUAUCACGCGUAUUAUAGGUUAAUUCGUCCUCUUCCCAUCAUCAUAAUAUUAUAUACCUCUACAGGUCAUAGUGAAAAAUACACCUAUAUCUACCGAUUUUUUUUUUUUUUACCAGCGAUUUCAUGUAAUAUCGCGUUUAUCACUACUAUACGAUCACCGUACCAAACGUUUAUAACAAUACGUGAAAGAAAUUCGUUAAAUUCCAUAUAAAAACACAUACACGCCACAUGGCAUCAUGGAUACCAUUCGGAUAAUAUGUAUACCAUUUAUACCAGCUGUGUGCCCACACUUACGGCUCCGGCGCUUUAGCUCGUCGCUGUUCCGAUGACAAGAUUCGAUGCCAUUUACAAUCGCGACGAUGAUGAUAUUCGUUCGGGAUAAAAAUUUUAAUACGUGUUUUUUAUAAAUAUUUUAUUUUUUAAAUUUAAUAACUAUUCUUAGGUAUAUAUAUAUAUAUAUUAGCUUUAUAUUAGAUACAAUAAAUUAACAUAUGUCUAUACAAUAAUAUAGACAUAUUUCUAUGUAUGUCUAAUGUAUUCAGUUUAGUAUAUUAUUAUGUAUAAGUAAGCAGUUAUCUAUGUAAAAGCUAU